CUCACAGGUGCUCCAGGGGCGUCUGAGGUUCCCUUGGGUGCUACCUUGCCUACCCCAAUGCCACCUGGUCUCCCUGGCGGGGGAGGCUGGGGCUUCCGAUUCUACCCUCUGGGGAAAGCCCCCUCCCUCAUCGCUGCAGCCUAGGCACAGGUUCCUACCCAGAUUCAAAUGUCUUCUACCAGAGUGACUAAGCCAGUCACACCCCACCCUCUGCACACAGUAACUGGGGAGGGGCUCAGCCCGUCCUGUUCAGCGCUAGAGCGGACCUUUUGAAAUGUCUCCGGGCUUUGUGGACUGUUGCUGAGACUCCGACUCAUUUCCUCACAAGCUUGCUGGUCUCCAAAUUUCCUCAGAGUGGAGGAAAGAAGGCCAAGUGUAAAGGAGAGCAAGUUUGGAUGGGAUGGUAGAUUUAAGACCCAGUCCCCCAGGCAUGGUGGCGAAGUCUUCAAUCCCAGCACUUGGGAGGCAGACGCAGGUGGAUCUCUGAGAGUUCCAAGCCAGCCUGGUCUACAUAGUGAGUUGCAGGCAUGUCAGAGCUACUUUGUGAGACCCUGUCUCAAAAAAACAAAAGACUUAUUGUCCUUGCUCCUUCCUUCCCAGGAGCCAGAGCAUAAACCAAACAGUAGAGGGAGGUCCAAAGCUACUCAGUUGAUCUUGCUAGGGGUAGCAAGGAGGGCUAGGCGCCUCCUGCGGGACCAGCCGAGGGAGAAAGCGAGGUCCGGCUCCUCACCUGCGCCCCGCCCUUGACCCCACCCUCAGCCCCGCCUCCAGCGUGGACGGGGCGGGGCGAGCUGAGCCGAGCCUGGAGGGGAGGGGCCGGCCGCUCGGUGCUAGCUCCGUGAGGCCGGACUGGGCAUGAGUCGGGCCCUUUAAGGGCCGCUCCCGAGGAGGUGCCAGGCCCUAGUGGCUCCAACCUCUUCUUCCUGGUCGUGCGAAGGCAGGGACUGACCGUAGGGCUGUGGGAGGGGUCGUACCGGGUUCGCCCAGGUGACCCGGGCCUGGCCUUAUGGCGCUGGUCACAGUGAGUCGCUCGCCGCCGGCUAGCGGCCACUCCACGCCUGUGGGACCCACGCAGGACCGAGUGGCCAGGCGCAGAGGCCGGCUACAGCGCAGGCAGAGUUUUGCGGUGCUCCGAGGGGCUGUCCUGGGACUUCAGGAUGGAGGAGACAGUAAUGAUGCAGCCGAGGCUGGCUCUGAGCCAACGGAGGAACCCUUGGGUGAGAAGCAGCUCACUGAGGACCAGACCGACAAUGGGCAAGAAUUCCAGAGUCCUUGGAAACAAGUGCAGAGGCAGCAUCUGCACCUCAUGGUGGAGCUGCUGAGACCACAGGACGACAUCCGCCUGGCAUCCCAGCUGGAGGCAGCCCGGCCCCCACGACUCCGCUACCUGCUGGUAGUGUCCACAGGAGAGUGUCUGAGUCAGGAGACCAUUCUUCUGGGGGUGGACUUUCCUGACAGCAGCUCCCACAGCUGCACCCUGGGCCUGGUCUUGCCCCUCUGGAGUGAUACCCAGGUGUACCUGGACGGUGAUGGGGGCUUCAGUGUGACGUCUGGUGGUCAGAGCCGAAUCUUCAAGCCAGUCUCCAUCCAGACCAUGUGGGCCACGCUGCAGGUACUGCACCAGGCCUGUGAGGCGGCUCUAGGCAGUGGCCUUGUGCCUGGUGGCAGUGCCCUUGUCUGGGCCGCUCACUACCAGGAGAAGCUGAACUCUGACCAGGGUUGCCUCAACGAGUGGAUGGCCAUGUCUGACCUGGAGUCCCUGCGCCCACCUGUUGCUGAGCCUGGACAGGCCUCAGAACAGGAGCAGAUGGAGCAGGCGAUCCUGGCUGAGUUGUGGCAGGUGUUGGACACCAGUGACCUAGAGAGUGUCACUUCCAAAGAGAUCCGCCAGGCCCUGGAGCUGCGCCUGGGACGCCCUCUCCAACAGUACCGCGAUUUUAUCGACAACCAGAUGUUGCUGCUCAUGGCCCAGCAAGACCGGGCCUCCCGCAUCUUCCCCCACCUCUACUUGGGCUCUGAGUGGAAUGCUGCCAAUCUGGAGGAACUUCAGAGAAACAGGGUAAGCCACAUCCUGAACAUGGCCCGAGAGAUCGACAACUUCUUCCCUGAGCGCUUCACCUAUCACAACGUGCGUGUCUGGGAUGAGGAAUCGGCCCAGCUGCUGCCGCACUGGAAGGAGACACACCGCUUCAUUGAGGAUGCCAGAGCACAGGGCACUCGGGUGCUGGUCCACUGUAAGAUGGGCGUCAGCCGCUCUGCCGCCACGGUGCUGGCCUAUGCCAUGAAACAGUAUGGCUGGGGCCUGGAGCAAGCCCUGGUCCAUGUGCAGGAGCUCCGGCCCAUCGUGCGCCCCAACCCUGGCUUCCUGCGCCAGCUACAGACCUACCAGGGCAUUCUGACUGCCAGCCGGCAGAGCCAUGUCUGGGAGCAGAAAGUGGGUGUGGUCUCCCCAGAGGAGCCCCUGGCACCCGAAGUUUCUACACCAUUGCCACCUCUUCCACCAGAACCAGGGGGCAGUGGGGAGGUAAUGGUUAUGAGUUUAGAGGAGACCCCAAAAGAAGAGCUUGGACUGAGGCCCCGCAUCAACCUCCGAGGAGUCAUGCGCUCCAUCAGCCUCCUGGAGCCCUCCUCAGAGCCAGAGAAUACCCCAGAGGCUGGAGACCUGCCGGAGGUUUUCUCUUCCCGUGAGUCUUCAGAUGAAGAGCCUCUUCAUCCCAUCUCUCAGCUCUCAACAGCCAAAGGUGGUCAACGGGUUCGCAAGGGGCCUUGGCCUGCCCUGAAGUCUCGCCAGUCUGUGGUUGCCCUUCACAGUGCUGCCCUGGUGGCCAGCAGGACCCGGGCCUUCCAAGAGCAGGGGGAGGCUGGGGUGUCCUCUGCACCUAGGCUCCGGAAAGUGGUGAGGCAGGCCAGUGUAGAUGAGAGCAGGGAGGACGGUGGGGCCUAAGCCUUUCUACUCUGUCCCCUAGACACUAAACGAGGCUGGCCACAGCUCCUUAGAUGGGCGCCCUUUCCACCUAUGGACACCCUGAACACUCCAUGUAGCUCCUCCCCAGCAAUUCCCAGACCUUGUCACUUCCUGCAGCCUUAGGGCUCAGACCCAUGUCUACCUGUCAAGGGCUUAAGACUUUUUCUACAUAGGGUAUAUGGGUAGAGCCGUUCAAGGUGCCUUGAAGGGUAAGAAGACCCUAGUUUCUUUUCCCACCCACUCUCUAACACUUUAUGCAGCCAUGGAAUUAAAAGCAGAAAAUUUUAGGGCAGGUUUUCUGGUGCCCUCAACUUCUGGCCAUUCCAUCCUGUUCCUUCCUCUCCCACUGCAGGCAGCUAGGCCAGGGAACCAGUGGCCACAAAGGCAGAUAGCACUUUCAGUCCCCAGCCCCACAGGCUCUGAGGGGCUCACCCACCCCCCAACACACACACACAACCGACCAGAGCCUCUGCUGCUGUCCUGAGUCUCCUGUGGCCCUCACUGGGUCACAGGGCACUGGGCCAAAGAGAGUCUUCUUGUUCGUGAAGAUCUCUGGCCAGUCAAGUUUUUCACAGUCGUACAGUACCUGGCUUUGUGCUGAGAAAUAAAGACAUUUUCAUAUGAA